AGCAUCCUCACACGCUCACUGUGGGGCCGCACGUAGACUUUUUGUGGACACAGCCCCUGGUAGCGCGCGUUGAGUUUGUGGCUGGUACAAGCAUGGCUGCCGGCUGGGCGCCUCCUCGACUGGAAGACUUUAUACUGACUGAAAAGCUGGGCAGCGGCUCCUAUGCCACCGUCUACAAGGCGUACAGGAAGAGAAACGCUAGAGAAGUUGUGGCCAUUAAAUGUGUCAGCAAGAAAAGUCUGAACAAAGCAGCAGUAGAAAAUCUUUUGACUGAGAUCGAAAUUCUGAAGACUGUUCAUCAUCCACACAUUCUCGAGCUAAAGGACUUCCAGUGGGACCAAGACUACAUAUUUUUAAUUACAGAGUACUGUGCUGGAGGGGACUUGUCUCGCUUUAUCCGAACACGAAGAAUUCUCCCAGAGAGAAUUGUGCAGGUUUUCUUACAACAGCUUGCUAGCGCUCUGAAGUUUCUGCAUGAGAAGAACAUUUCCCACUUGGACUUAAAACCUCAGAAUAUCCUUCUGAGCAGACUGGACAGGCCUCACCUCAAACUUGCUGAUUUUGGCUUUGCUCAGCAUAUGUCAUCUGAGGAUGCACCUCAGGCCCUUAGGGGAUCGCCACUCUACAUGGCUCCUGAGAUGGUGUGCAGCAAACACUAUGAUGCACGUGUAGAUUUGUGGUCUGUUGGGGUGAUACUGUAUGAAGCAUUAUUUGGGAAGGCACCAUUUGCAUCAAAAUCAUUCUCUGAGCUGGAGGAGAAGAUACUCAGCCACAAGACAAUAGAGCUGCCUACUAGAGCACGUUUAUCCCCUGAAUGUCGGGAUUUGCUUCAACAACUCCUGCAGAGAGACCCUGACAAAAGAAUCUCAUUCAUAGAAUUCUUUGCUCACCUUUUUGUGGAUUUGGAGCACAUGCCAUCUGCAGAGACCCUGGAGAAAGCUACCAGACUAGUUGUAGAAGCAGUGGAGAAGGAUAGUGCUGGAGAACACUCAGCUGCCCUCACCUUAUACUGCAAAGCCCUUGAGUAUUUCAUACCUGCCCUGCAUUAUGAAUCAGAUGCCAAACGGAAAGAAGCAAUGAGGUCAAAGGUCUGUCAGUACAUUUCCCGAGCAGAAGAACUGAAGGUACUGGUAUCCUCCAGUAACAAGACUCUCCUGAUGCAGGGCAUCUCAGGUCGGGAGCUUCUGAAAGAAAUGGCCCAGGACAAGCCACGUCUCUUCUCUGCUUUGGAGGUGGCCUCAGCUGCAGUUGCCAAAGAUGAGGAGGGCUGUGCUUGUGAUGCUCUGGACCUUUACCAGCAGAGCCUUGGGGAACUCCUGCUAAUGUUAUCAGCAGAAUCACCUGGAAGAAGAAGGGAGUUAUUGCAUGCUGAGAUACAAACACUAAUGGGACGUGCAGAAUUUUUAAAGGAGCAGAUGAAAACAUCUCAGUGGAAAUCAGAAUCUCUGGGACAAGAGGUGCUGUCCGAAUCUGUGCGUAAUUCUUGUUCCCUGCAGUGAAAACUUUGUGCAUAUAUACUGACUGUUCACUCAAGGUGGCACUAUAUGUCUGUCUGUCUAAAUUAUUAUGUAUAUUAAAUUAUUUUCCACUUU